CAUCACUAGCACCACCACCAUCAUCACUAACACCAUCAUCAUCGUCGUCACCGCCAUCGUCUGCGAGCAUGGCCUCGGAUAGUUCGGAGACGAAGCGGACACGGGACGAGGAGGAGGACGAGAAAGAGAACGAGGAGGGGGAGAACAAGAAUAAGAAGGCAAAGGAAGACGUCGAAGAGGAGAAAGAGGAGGGGAAAGAUGGGAAGGAAGACGACAAUGGUGGUGGUGGUGGUGGUGAGAAGGGGGAGGAGGAGGAUGAUGCCUGGGUCGGGCCCUUGCCAUGCGAGGCUGUUACCGUCAGUAAGAAGAAAGUGCUGGAAUUCGAGCGGGUGUUUCUCGACAACCUACCGUGUGCCGCCAUGUACGAGCGCAGCUACAUGCACCGCGACACCAUCACGCACGUGGCCGUCAGCAAGACGGAUUUCCUCAUCACAGCCAGCCAGGAUGGACACGUGAAGUUCUGGAAAAAGAAUGAAGGCGUCGGAAUAGAGUUUGCGAAACACUUCCGCAGUCACUUGGGUGCGAUCGAGGACAUCUCUGUGAGCUCAGAGGGUGCACUGUUCUGCUCAGUGGGCGAUGAUCAGGCCAUGAAGGUGUUUGACGUUGUAAACUUCGACAUGAUCAACAUGCUGAAGCUUGGCUACCAACCCGGCUGCUGCGAGUGGAUCUACUCUCCGGGGGAGCCGGUGUGCGUGGUGGCGUGCAGCGAGAAGCUCACAGGACGCGUGCACGUCUACGACGGGCGGGGCUCCAGCACUCCCCUGAGGACCCUUGAGAAGCUGCACUCGUCGCCCGUGUGCCUGCUGUGCUUUAACCCCAUCUACAAGGUGGUUGUGUCGGCCGACAAGACGGGCAUGCUCGAGUACUGGACGGGGCCGCAGCUGGACUACGCCUUCCCACGCAACGUGGCGUGGCAGUACAAGACGGACACGGACCUCUACGAGUUUGCGCGCUGCCGCACCUGCCCGACGGCGCUGACUUUCUCUCCCGACGGCUCCCGCAUCGCCACCAUUGCGCUGGACCGCAAAGUGCGCAUCUUCCAAUUCCGUACGGGCAAACUCAUCCGGGUCUUCGACGAGUCGCUUAAGAUGUUCACAGAGCUCCAGCAGAUGAAGCAGCAGCUGCCAGACAUGGAAUUUGGGCGGCGCAUGGCCAGCGAGCGUGAGCUGGACAAAGUGGAAGCCGCUCGAUUUGCCAACAUCGUGUUUGACGAGACGGGGCACUUUGUGCUCUAUGGCACCAUGCUCGGAAUCAAGGUCAUCAACAUCGAGACAAAUCGGUGCGUGCGGAUCCUGGGCAAGCAGGAGAACUCGCGGCCGCUGCACGUGGCGCUGUUCCAGGGCGUGGCGCGCACCAAACACGCCGCCCUGACGGUGGAGAUGAGGGCCUCCGACAACCCCGUGCUGAUGAGCGUGCAGGGCGACCCCACGGUGUUCGCGUCCGCCUUCAAGAAGAACCGCUUCUACAUGUUCACGCGGCGCGAGCCCGAAGACGCCAAGAGCCCCGAGUCGGACCGUGACGUCCUGAACGAGAAGCCGAGCAAGGAGGAGGUGAUGGCGGCAACGCAGUCGGAGGGCGCCAAGCGCGUGUCGGACUGCGCCAUCAUGCACACCACCUACGGCGACGUCACGCUCCGCCUCUACCCCUCCGAGUGCCCCAAGGCUGUGGAGAAUUUCUGCGUGCACAGCAAGAGCGGCUACUACAACGGGCACAUUUUCCAUCGCGUUAUCAAGGGCUUCAUGGUGCAGACGGGCGACCCGACGGGCACCGGCAUGGGCGGAGAGAGCAUCUGGGGCACCGAGUUUGAGGACGAGUUCCACCACACCCUGCGGCACGACCGCCCCUACACCCUGAGCCUGGCCAACGCCGGGCCGGCCACCAACGGCUCGCAGUUCUUCAUCACCGUCGUGCCCACGCCGUGGUUGGACAACAAGCACACGGUGUUUGGGAGGGUCACCAAGGGCAUGGAGGUCGUGCAGAAGAUCUCCAACGUCAAGACCAACCCCAAGACGGACAAGCCGUACGAGGACGUCACCAUCAUCAGCAUCUCCAUCCGAUAGCGCAGCAAGGGGUACGAGAGAAGGGAAAACCUUCUCUCUAUCUCUGCACUUGGCCGUCCGCCUGGGAUUGUAAAAUAUCGCCUCUCCUCAUCGCAGAAUGGACCAGACUGUGGUUUCUAUUUUCUCUGUGUCUCGUGUGUUCGGCAGCGGUUUCACGUGGGAUGCGUGAGAAAGCACCUCGAAAUACCGAUCUUAGAUUAAGGUCAAGAGGUCGUCGGGGAAGCUGCUGUUGAAGCCACUUGCACCUUCUUUCCGCUUGAUCUCGCAGUUUUUUUGGAACAUCGACAUCGGACAUCCCCCUCCCUCUUACGGACUCGUCGACAAGCAUCCAGCUCCGUGUGUUUCGCCUUGCCCUGCAGUUGGUUCUUAACAGUCGUCACUGUCGGUUGUACGAUUCUACCGUGGUCACGGACCCCCUCCCCGCAGGUGUCAUUCCUCCUCUGUCCUGCACAUGUGUCCCACCCAUCGCAGCCUCCACUUCCCCCCCAUUGCGUCUUCAGUGCUAUCCUGCCAAGUUCCAUUCUGAGCUCGCAAGGUACUCCACCAAAUUGCGAAAUUGAUCCUGCCAUAAAGCACCGACGUUAUAACGUCGCUUUCCAGUGCAUAAAGAGCCAGACCUGAAUCUCCAUCAAAGCCAACGGUCCUGAUUUUUUAAGCUUUGAUGCUCGUAAGAACGCAGUGUUUGUACGGCUAUGUGGGUGCAUCAGCAGUUCGCCACAAGCAGCGGGGGAGAUGUUUGGAAGCUAGCAGAUUGCAGCUGGCUGCGCUGGAGUCCUCGGGGCCAGUGAAAGUUGGAUACGAUGGGAGUUUUACAGUGACCUUGUCGGGCCACCCGUCAAAAUCUCGCCUUGCACGCACACACCUGCCCGAUGCGCUUAAUUCGACUAAUGCAGCUCGCACGGCAACUAUUAAUCACUCGGCAAAAACGAAAGUGUUUGCGCACGCAAGUAUGCCGUGCUCAGGAACACCCUUUUUGGCAAAACAGGAUAUAGGAAGUUGCAAAGUUCACUGCUGCGGGCCAUUAGAUAUCCGCGGACCGAGUAACGCCGCGCUCGUUUUUCUACAAACAACAAAAACUUAAUGCGUUCGUCAAUAGCACCGCCCGAAAGAGGAAAUGAUAAUAAUAAUAAUAGGUGACGUUUUGGGCGAUGAAAAAGGAGGGCAUUUGCAUGGGACGUUAGCUAUAUAUUAUUUUUUACAAAUGUGUUAAGUUUUUGUCACUUGUGCAAUCACUGCCAACAGCCUCGCAGUGUUUUUGUUUGGUCACCUUCCUUUGUGUUGAACAUGGUAGUGAAAAAUGAAAGUGCACAAACUUUUCGAUUUAAAGCUUUCGUGACUGCAGGGAUUCAUCUUCUUGGUUCUUUCGGUAAAGUCACGUAGAAUGGAAAUAAUAAAAUAAUAAAAAUAAAGCAUCAUAAAAUAAUUCUCACGACGUUUCAGCCACAACGCAAGCAGCCGUCCUCAGGUGAAGAACAGGUCUGUCGAGAAGUCAUUCAGACUCUUGUCUUCUUUUUAGUAUUUUAUUAUUUCCAUUCUACGUGACUUUACCGAAAGAACCAAGAAGAGUGCACAAACAGUUUAUUUCUGUUCCGUUCGAAUGAAGGCUGAUUCCAGAAAACAAACAGCUUUUGCCUUGGCGCUACUAACCUAAGCAGUUUGUUUCCCACACUGUCCGACACAAGUUUUAAGCUUUGUUAAUGAGAACAUUUUUUAAAAAUCACUUCCCGGUGGUUGUCGGGUGGCUCGGGUGAGAGAACGGAGGUCCAUGGUUCGAAUCUAAAUUUCAGCCGCCUGUGAUCAAACUUGGGUGUUUUAAGUGGAGUGAGUUGGACUCUGGUCGCCAACGCUUGCACGCAAAAAAUGGAUCGUGUUAAAUGUUGUUUUUCACUUAAUUUGGCUUAUUCCCACUGCGAAUUAAUUGAUUGUAACUGUCGUGCCAUAAACGUUGAGUUUUAUUGCCUGUGUAAUGAACACUCGGAGGCCUCGAGGGACUUGACAAUUCUGUGACUUCAUCUUUCGGGGGCCUUGCUGUUGACACUGACGCUCUGCUGCUCGCUGCGGAGUUACAAAUGGAAAUUUUGUCUCAUGACGCCAGUAAGACAGUUUGAAUGUAUUUGGAAAAAUGCAUCACUACGGUAUGACAAAAAUGUAUCCGUCUGGUGCGGUGCAACAGUUUAACAUCGCCCCAUUGAUGUGUUGCAAUGUAAGGGAGUGAUAUGAAAGUGAUGGUAACAAAGUUUCAUUGUCACACUUGACUAAAACGUCAAGAGUCGUUGUCCUUAGCACGGCAUCAAACUGAAGUUCGCCCGUGGCAGACACCUUGGGUACGCAUCUGCAAAGACGUUUAAAUUUGGAGUUGCGUUUCCCUAGCGCAUAUCGUCGGCGCUGCGUCGUGCCAAAGUGUGAAGAGAAUGGCGUCUAUAGCGAGGAGGUGCUUCCGAGGAUGUCCGAUGUCCUUCUGAUAAAAUUGCGUGCGUAGAACACGCCGCGUGCGUGCGAGCGUAUUGAUAGAGUGCCCUAUCACGUGAUUGUUUUUAACGGAAAUAGAUUUCUUUUUACGUAUAAAUACAUU